GAGGAGGAAGCCGGUAGGGGAAGGGCCCGGACAAAAGCGGUGCGGAGCCCCAACAGAAGGCAGAGGCGUCCCGUGUGCUCGCGCGUUGCAGCAAGGUAGCCAUGUCCGCCAAAGCUAUAUCUGAGCAGACCGGGAAGGAGUUCUUGUAUAAAUACAUCUGCACCUCGUCCGCCAUCCAGAACCGCUUCAAAUAUGCCAGAGUAACACCCGAGACCGACUGGGACCAUCUAAUCCAAGAUCAUCCCUGGCUGUUGACUGAGCGUCUGGUGGUGAAACCCGAUCAGCUGAUCAAACGACGCGGCAAGCUGGGCCUAGUUGGGGUGAAUCUCGACUUGAAUCAAGUGAAGGCCUGGCUGAAGCCACGGCUGGGUCACGAAACCACAAUUGCCAAAGCAAAAGGCAUCCUGAAGAACUUCUUGAUAGAACCUUUUGUUCCACACAAACAGACGGAGGAGUUCUACGUGUGCAUUUACGCUGCCCGCGAGGGGGACUACGUGCUUUUCCACCACCAGGGUGGGGUGGACGUGGGCGAUGUGGAUGCCAAGGCUCAGAAGCUGCUGGUGGGCGUCGAUGAGAAGCUCGACGAGUCGGCGAUCAAGAAGCACCUCUUGGUGCAUGCCCCACCGGACAAGAAAGAUGUCUUGGCAAGCUUCAUCUCUGGCCUGUUCAACCUCUAUGAAGACCUAUUUUUUACGUAUCUGGAAAUCAACCCACUAGUCGUAACUGCAGAGGGUGUUUACGUGCUGGACCUGGCAGCAAAGAUUGACGCAACAGCUGACUAUAUCUGCAAAGUGAAAUGGGGCGACGUGGAGUUCCCCCCUCCUUUUGGAAGAGAGGCAUAUCCAGAGGAAGCCUACAUUGCUGACCUCGAUGCCAAGAGCGGAGCCAGUUUAAAGUUGACCAUCUUGAAUCCAAAGGGCAGAAUUUGGACCAUGGUGGCUGGAGGCGGAGCUUCUGUCGUGUACAGUGACACCAUCUGUGACCUUGGCGGGGUAGACGAAUUGGCAAACUACGGCGAAUACUCCGGCGCUCCCAGUGAGCAGCAGACCUACGACUAUGCCAAAACAAUCCUCUCCCUCAUGACACAGGAAAAACAUCCCGAAGGCAAAAUCCUGAUCAUCGGAGGGAGCAUUGCUAAUUUCACCAACGUAGCCGCCACAUUUAAGGGGAUUGUUAGAGCCAUUAAGGAUUACCAGGGCCCUCUGAAAGAGCAUGAGGUGCGGAUCUUCGUAAGGAGAGGGGGCCCAAACUACCAGGAAGGCCUGCGUGUCAUGGGGGAAGUAGGGAAAACAACCGGCAUCCCAAUCCACGUCUUUGGCACCGAGACCCACAUGACUGCCAUUGUCGGCAUGGCCCUGGGACACCGGCCCAUCCCAAAUCAGCCCCCCGCUGCGGCUCACACGGCGAACUUUCUCCUUAACGCCAGCGGCAGCUCCUCGGAAAUGACCCCUGAUUGUUCGGAUGUUGUUACCCGCCCUGAAGCCUGCUCGCAGGAAGGAAGGGCUACUCCGGCGCCCAGCAGGACAGCGUCUUUUUCUGAGUGCCGGCCCGACGAUCUGGCUCCUGCCAAGAAAGCCAAGCAAGCAGUCCCUUCUGAUGCAUCACUAUCUUCGAGACCUGUUCAAGGUAAAGCCACGACCUUGUUCAGCCGUCACACCAAAGCGAUUGUGUGGGGGAUGCAGACCCGGGCCGUGCAAGGGAUGCUGGACUUUGACUACACCUGCUCCAGAGACGAGCCUUCGGUGGCCGCCAUGGUCUAUCCGUUCACUGGUGACCACAAACAGAAGUUCUACUGGGGCCACAAAGAGAUCCUGAUCCCGGUCUUCAAGAACAUGGCAGACGCCAUGAGAAAGCACCCGGAAGUGGACGUGCUGAUCAACUUCGCAUCCCUUCGCUCCGCCUACGACAGCACCAUGGAGACCAUGAACUACCCACAGAUCCGUACCGUGGCUAUCAUUGCUGAAGGUAUCCCAGAGGCGCUGACCCGCAGACUGAUCAAGACAGCAAAUGAGAAGGGAGUUACGAUUAUUGGACCCGCAACGGUAGGUGGGAUCAAGCCAGGCUGUUUUAAGAUUGGAAACACCGGUGGAAUGCUGGAUAAUAUCUUGGCAUCUAAGCUGUACCGCCCUGGCAGCGUAGCCUACGUUUCUCGUUCAGGAGGGAUGUCCAACGAGCUCAACAACAUCAUCUCCAGGACCACAGAUGGGGUCUUUGAAGGAGUAGCCAUUGGUGGCGACAGAUACCCUGGUUCUACUUUUAUGGAUCAUGUUUUACGCUACCAGGACACUCCAGGGGUGAAGAUGAUAGUGGUGCUAGGAGAAAUCGGAGGAACCGAGGAGUACAAGAUUUGCAGGGGGGUUAAAGAAGGCCGGAUCACUAAGCCUGUCGUCUGCUGGUGCAUUGGGACGUGUGCAACCAUGUUCUCCUCAGAGGUUCAGUUUGGCCAUGCAGGAGCUUGUGCCAAUCAGGCAUCCGAAACGGCAGUGGCCAAGAACAAAGCUCUGAAAGAAGUGGGUGUUUACGUACCUCGGAGUUUCGACGAGCUGGGCGAUGUGAUUCAGUCUGUGUAUGAAGAUCUUGUUUCCAAGGGCGUGAUUGAGCCCGCUCAGGAGGUGCCUCCCCCUACUGUGCCAAUGGACUACUCGUGGGCGAGGGAACUUGGUUUGAUCCGGAAACCGGCUUCCUUCAUGACAAGCAUUUGUGAUGAGCGGGGCCAGGAGCUGAUCUACGCUGGCAUGCCCAUCACGGAGGUCUUCAAAGAAGAGAUGGGAAUCGGUGGCGUCUUAGGUCUGUUGUGGUUCCAGAGGAGGUUACCCAAGUAUGCCUGCCAGUUCAUAGAAAUGUGUUUGAUGGUGACGGCCGACCAUGGGCCUGCGGUAUCAGGAGCCCAUAACACAAUCGUCUGUGCGAGAGCGGGGAAGGACCUGGUCUCCAGCCUCACCUCUGGCCUGCUGACCAUCGGGGAUCGGUUCGGUGGCGCUCUUGACGCAGCCGCGAAGAUGUUCAGCAAGGCGUUUGACAGCGGCAUCAUCCCGAUGGAGUUUGUGAACAAGAUGAAGAAAGAAGGGAGGCUGAUCAUGGGCAUCGGCCACCGGGUGAAAUCGAUCAACAACCCAGAUAUGAGAGUCCAAAUCCUCAAGGAUUAUGUGAAACAGCAUUUUCCUGCAACACCCCUUUUGGACUAUGCGCUGGAAGUGGAGAAGAUUACUACAUCCAAGAAACCUAAUCUCAUCCUGAAUGUCGACGGGUUCAUCGGAGUGGCCUUUGUUGAUGCACUCAGGCACUGUGGCUCCUUCACACGGGAGGAAGCGGACGAGUACAUUGACAUCGGUGCCCUCAACGGCAUCUUUGUACUUGGCAGGAGUAUGGGGUUCAUUGGACAUUACCUAGAUCAGAAGAGGCUGAAGCAGGGCUUAUACCGUCACCCCUGGGAUGACAUCUCCUACGUCCUGCCGGAGCACAUGACCAUGUGACAACCCAAGGGGACACAAUGAGCUGCUUGUACAGAUGAGGAACGCUGGCGCAACUGAACGAUAUCACCGUUGGCUGAUCUAGGGAAGAGAACUAAUCAGACUGAAACUCUGUACAAAAGGCGGCCUGUGCAGCCCUUCGGGAUCCUAUGAGAAACCAAAACCCCUCGCUAAGUCCUGCUGUAUUUAAUAGAUAAAAGCAGCCGCACGGUGUCUGCCUGCGUUUUGUGCGUGUUUUUAUUUCUCUUUUCCCCUUCCCAUCACUUGUCUGCAGUGUGUUUCUGACCAUGUUUUAAUUUUUUUUUAAAAAACAAACAAAUUAUGAUCUGUGACUUGAAGAGUCGGAGAGCAUCAUUGAACCCACAUUACGGAAACCUCGAACGUUGUUCUCACAGGCUGUAUAAUUUUGUGAUCCGUUUGUCCUUUUUUCUUUCUAUUUUUUACUCCUUUGUACUCUUCACAAUCUGAUUGUACUUUCUGGUCGGGGGGGGGGGCAUUGCUGCUUUAAUAAGCCAUUCCGAGUCCAGUGUAGUAAUUUUAAAAUGUAAACUUGUAACAUAGACUUUUUGUUCAAAACUGUGAAACUUACCUGUAUUUAUGCAGCUGAGAUUUUUACUUAUGACAAAACCUUCCCGCGAACCCACAAUUCUUGCAAACGCUGGCCUGUGAGUGGCUGUGUGUCCAUGCAACACCUGUCUUCUCUGGGGCCUCUAACUUAUAUCCACAAUAAUAGUCCAUGCUUUCUCUGUCUUCUGUAUCACUGUAA